AUGGCCUUCUUCUUAGAUGAGUUUCGGCAUCUUAAAAUCGAACUAGAAGAUAUAAAAUCAGCCACCGACAACUUUAGCAAUGACAACUUGAUCGGAAAGGGUGGGUUCGGGAACGUCUACAAAGGAGAAAUCUCUCUCUCAAAUGGGCCAAGCAUGGUUGCUUUUAAGCGUUUAGAUCUAGAUAGUGGAUCUGGGCAAGGAAACGUCGAGUUCUGGAGGGAGAUUAUGAUGCUUUCCCGUUACUCCCAUGAAAAUAUUGUAUCCCUCCUGGGAUAUUGCAACGAGGGCGAUGAGAAAAUCGUUGUGUACGAGUAUGCAUCUCGUGGAAGCCUUGAUCGUCAUUUAAGUGCCAAUGCUCUCACAUGGAUGCAACGCCUCAAGAUAUGCCUUGGGGUCGCAAGGGGACUCAACUACCUUCAUGAUCCUAAUCCCAUGGAGAGACAACAAAGGGUUCUUCAUUGCGAUAUAAAAAGCAGCAACAUCUUAUUAGAUGAGAAUUGGAAUGCUAAAAUUUCCGAUUUAGGGUUAUCAAAAAUAGGCCCAGCUAAUCAGAAACACACAUUUCAUUUCUCUAAUGUCACAGGUACCCCUGGGUACAUAGAUCCCCUGUAUCUGGAGAUGGGCGUACUAACAAAAGAGUCAGAUGUAUAUUCUCUUGGGGUUGUCUUAUUCGAGGUAUUGUGUAGUAGAUUAUGCUUUAAAUAUAGUAAUGGUCAAUAUCAUAGUCUAGUGCGUAUGUGGAAGAAAAGCUACAAACAAAAGAAAUUAGAUGAGAUCAUCUCUCGAGAUUUGUUGCAGCAAAUGGAUGUGAAUUCCUUGGAAACAUUUUCAGACAUUGCAUAUCAAUGCUUGAAGAAAACUCGUGGAAAACGGCCACUUAUGGUUGAUGUCGUGGGAAAGCUUGAUAUUGCACUUACAUCACAGAAGAUUUAUGAAGGGGUGAAAUUGUCAGAGGAGUACGAAGAGGUGAAAUUGUCAGAGGAGUAUGAAGCGAUAAUUAAGAGUGCAAUACCUUCUCUUAUCUUUAGAUCCAAAGCGGAACUGCAAGCGCUUCUCUACAAAGGGAUUAUCGUUAAUGGUGGCAAAACGUGGUUUUCGUUAAAUAAAAACGAAGAACAUUGUGAAAUGAUAUCGUCAACAGAAUUUAUUCCUCUAUGGAAGCAUCAUCGCCAUCAUCGGUUUACAGAGGAUUCAAGAUUUCCAGAGGUCAAUUUAGUAGCACUUUCUGGGAACUUCAGUGCAUACGUCAAACCUCAAUUCUUAUCACCAGGAAUCACAUACACAGUUAACUUAGUGUUCAGAAUCACAAACCGAAGUAGGAACUCAAACGCACCUACGUAUUUAGCCCUCAAUUACAAACUAAAAGGGGAGACAAAAUAUUCAACUGCAUACCUUGCACAUGAGAGAGAAGAUAGAUGGAUGACGGUUGAAUUGUAUCAGUUUACUAGCCACAAAAGAUAUUUUGACCUCGAAAUUCUGUUUGAUGGCGCUCACAUUCAUUUAGACUCCCUCGUGGUAGAAGGCAUCGAGUUUCGCCCCUCAGACAGAGUGGCGUCAGAGGUUGAGAAAGUGGAUAUACAACCUAUAUCAGAUUUAGAUACAGAUUGGGAAAAAGGAUUGCCAGAAGAUCAUGAAGAAAUAAUCAAGUGGUCAAAAGAUAGUAUCGAAUGGACAACGAAAAAGGAACUUUAUUUUCUUUUUUGUAAAGGCUUCCUGAUCAACAAUGGUGAAGAGUGGUUUUUUCUAGCCAAAAAUGGAAAGAAAUGUCUUUUCCUACCGGCAAGAGCGCUUUUAGACACAAGUCAUUGGACAUUUCAAACUUUACCCAACUUAAGGUUUGAAGAAGUGGCUCUUGAUUGUUCUCGUAGUUAUUUUACUAUUCGUGGCGAAAUCAAAUUUCAAAUGCUAUCACCUGGAACAACAUAUGCAUAUAACCUUGUCUACAAAAUAACAGGAGACUUGGACAAAAUCGAGGAGCCUGUUAAAGUGAGAAAUUGGAAUCCUCCUUUUUCCGGUCCCGAUGGGAUUAGUUAUCGAUAUAUCUAUUUACUUAGUCCACAAUCAUCGGUUAUUGGAUCAAAUGUUGAUGAAAACAGCCACAACCCCCCGAUAUCGCAAAUGCCAAAAAUCAAAGGCCUUCCACGACUACGAAACGAUGGUUGGAUGGAAGUUCAAAUAUGGGAAUUUGAAACAUCUAUUAGGGUUGACAAAAUUGAGAUGUACUUUACGUUGGAAAAAGAAUCUAAACGGUGGUUUCGAGGGAUUAGUGUGCAAGGCAUUGAGGUAAAACGUGAAAGAUCAUCUUCUUUAUGAUUAAUUGUGAACACUAUUGGGAAUAAACACCUUCAUGUUGGUAGAUGGAUUUAUGAUUAUAAGCUUAAGGAUACAUACAGAGAGAGACUUGAGAUCAUAUGAGAUCAUGAUAUUUUUGAGACCACCUAAAUAACAUUAAACCUUUAUAAGGAAAAAAUAU